GUUUUCUUUUUCAAAAAGAAAAUUGAUGUUGUUUUAUUAAACAGGCUGGGUUUCCCGCGCUUUCGUACUUCCCUAGUGUGAUGUCGUCAAGGCAUAGGAUUGAUAUCGGUGAAUCUAAGCCCAGACGGUCAAGGUUUUCUGAUGGACCGGAUAAUCAUGCACGUGAUCGCUCACGCUCCCCAGAUAAUCACGUCAAACUUAAACAGAAUGCUUCAAAUAAGUCUCCAUUCACAGCACAAACAAAUCCUUACAACGGCAAAUCAUUUAGUGCCAAAUACUUCGAACUUCUGAGGAAGCGUAUCAAAUUACCUGUUUGGGAAUACAAAGAGAAUUUUUUUCAGACAUUAUCGGAGAACCAAGUCACUGUUUUAGUUGGUGAAACAGGUUCUGGAAAAACGACCCAAAUUCCUCAGUGGUGCCUGGAAUGGGUAACUGGACGGUAUCCUACCAAAAAGGCAGUGGCCUGCACUCAACCUAGAAGGGUAGCAGCUAUGUCUGUUGCUCAGCGUGUUUCCGAGGAAAUGGAUGUUGAACUUGGUCAAGAAGUAGGAUACAGUAUUCGAUUCGAGGAUUGCACGUCCUCAAGGACUGUGAUGAAAUACAUGACUGAUGGUAUGCUUUUACGUGAAGGCAUGUCUGAUCCUUUGCUCGAGGCAUACGGUGUUAUUCUCUUGGAUGAAGCCCAUGAAAGAACUUUGGCUACUGAUAUUUUAAUGGGUCUACUUAAAGAAAUCACAAAGCAAAGAUUAGAUUUAAAAAUAGUUGUCAUGAGUGCGACUUUGGACGCUGGAAAAUUCCAAGAUUACUUUCACAAAGCACCUCUUAUGACCGUGCCCGGUAGAACUCAUCCAGUGGAGAUAUUUUAUACUCCAGAACCAGAACGUGAUUAUCUCGAAGCGGCUAUCCGUACUGUAAUCCAGAUUCAUAUGUGCGAAGAGAUCGAGGGUGACAUAUUACUGUUUCUGACGGGACAAGAGGAGAUUGAGGAAGCAUGCAAACGUAUCCAGAGAGAAGUAGAUGGGUUGGGCCCGGACGUUGGUGAACUCCGUUGCAUUCCUCUCUACUCUACCCUUCCACCAAAUCUUCAACAAAGAAUUUUUGAAUCUCCUCCUCCAAAACGUGCAAAUGGGGCUGUUGGUCGAAAGGUUAGAACUGUUUUCGAAAUACAAUUCGGUUUUGUUUUGUUUCAUUAUAUGGUUUGGUCUAUCGAGAUUGCACACCUGAAUAAUCUUUGUUUAACCGUUACCUUGAAUGGCAUUUUCUUGAGUAUCUAUCUCGUAAGCCACGCAUGCAGUUCAUUGUUUCCUGCAUUCUUUUCACAAAUUAGGUCAGAAAAAUAAUUAACUUUCAAAUUUUUGUACUCCCGUCGUUAUUGUCUUCGUAUUUUUGACUGCUAAAUUCCGUACUAAAAUGACUCUGUCCUGUCAAAGAUUACCGAGUUUCUGUUCUCUUAACAUGAGCUUUGUCAUACAUCCCAAAUUAACACAUAGUACUCAAAAAAAUUUAAAAAUUGUAAGGAUAGCAAACGUAAAUUGAUCAGGUGGAAAGGUAGCAGAAAAUAACAACACUUCUAAAAGUAUUUUAUUUGUUUAAGAAUGUUGCUUGAAGUGUAAAGUAAGUACUCUAAACUUUUUUUGAAAUAGAAAUAACUGAUACUUGUUACGUAAAUUAUAACAGUUUUGAGGCGGCUAAUAAUGUUAUCCGACUACCCAACCAAAAAUUCAUCCAACAAGUUUCAAGUCACAGAUCUGCUUAUCGAAAGCCAAAUGUUUUAACUAAACCUUGCUUAGAUUUUAUGAGUUUAUCUGAUUCGAAACCCCAAAUAUGCGUUUGCAUUGAUGGUUGAUCCUAAUUCGUACUAAUUACCCUUCCACGGUGUGGGCAGUCGGGAAGUUAUAUCACCCCUCAUACCCUUAACAGCACACGAGGCCAAGUCGGUCACACUCAAAUCCCUCUUACACCUCUAAAUAAAUCUCUUAUCUCCACGACUAACUCUUCUCACGUUCCUUUAUCACCUCGCACCGCUAGGGUAAACUAUUCGAGUACGCGGAACGUUAUUCCUGAUCUCCUGAAACCACGCUCUAAACUACACGUAGGAGCUUUCAACGUCCGAACACUGCCAAAUAGGACAACAGGCUUCCUCAGCUAGGACUUUAGAAUCUCGCGCCAUUGGUGUGUGCUGCGUCUCCGAAACGCGCAUACAGGAGCCGAGUAGUGUCAUUCAUUUGACCUCACCAUGUCAAAGUAACGAACCAACUCGACUUACGCUUCGUGUAUCUGGAUGUCCUGAUGCUGCUUCCCGUGGCCUAGCUGGUGUAGGUACUAAUAUCAAGCGACUAGCGAUUCAAGUGAAGCUUAUCCAAGUGUUUAUCAGCCAUCGUGACACUUAAUCACAAUUGGAUGGUGAAAAAGACUAUUAGAAGACGUCAUUAUUAGAAUUCAAAAAUAGUACUCCAAACGAAUCAAACUAGGUAAACUUCAGUAUUGAUUACAGGCUAACUCUGUUUUUCUUUUAUUCCUUCUAUUUUGAAAAAAAGUAAUGUAACUCGCGAACUAAAUACAGACCUGUGUACUCUGGUUUAAGAUUUUUCCUAACCAGAUCCUGUCGGAACCGUUAACCCAAAGUUGGGUGUUAGAAACGAAGUUUAGUGACGACUUGGAUCAAGUUAAAUGUAAUAAGUGCUGUAAUGAGGUGGUAGUUCACUACUCUGCAGAUAGGAUUUUAAUAUAUUUCUUUUAUUUUUAGAUGAUUCCACUUACAGUAGCCAUCCUGUUAGAACAAUUUUUGGUGGAGUGCAUUUUGCAUUUUAACCUUAUUAUUGUGAUUUGUGUACCUAAGAAUAACUUAUUCUCAGUUACGUGACUAACAUAUUAGGUAUAUUUUAUCUUUUGCCUUCAGCAUACACCCCAUAAAAAGUGCAACUUUGAUUGCUAUGAACAAUCUGAAUGGUAUUCCAUAAAAUACAAUCUACGAUAAAUUUUGCCGUAUGAAGUUUGACUUCACCUAGUUACUACAGUUAAUAGAUAGUUACAAAAAACAAUAAAUUAUUUUGAAAGUGAACCGAAAUUGUUGUAGGUAAAGUAAAGCUUUAUGCCAUUCCAUCACAUAUAUCCAAUUAGCUUAUUUGGACGACUGACAUAUCCUAAUAUUAUCACCAUAAUUAUUGUUACGAUGUGCCAUUUCACAGUAUUGGAUUCCUUAGAAAUAUGUGUUUCUGCACUCAUAGGUGGUAUAAAGAUACAACAUACCUAAUAUACUACGGAGAAAAUGUAUUUAUUGAUGAUGUUUACUGUUGUCUUAAAUUUGUUUUGAUUUUUCACUUAACAGAACCAGAUAUUUUACACUUCAAACAAAAUCCCCUCUUAUAAUAUCUAUUGCUUAUAAAAAAAGGUUUCUGAGUCGGUAUCUAUACACUGAACUUAAGGUUUUAUAUUUUGAGGAUUCGACACUGGGUGUUGUAAGAACAUGUGUUAUAUGGGUGGUUUAUUUUUAAUAAUCAGUGUAAUACAAUCGUUCCUUGGGCUUAUCAAUUAUAUUGUUCUGCAGUGUAAAUGAUUUAAAAUUCUGAAUCGAUGUAAGAGACGACUGUAGACAGUUUUUCAUCCAAAAAAUAGGUUUAUCAUAGUUAACCUAUCUGAUAUAACAUGGAUAUACUAGUACUACUUUCCAGUGUUUCUAAUAUAUUCACCUUGUUGAUCUUCCUCAUAGGUUGUAGUGUCCACAAAUAUUGCAGAGACAUCCCUCACAAUUGAUGGAGUGGUUUUUGUUAUUGACCCAGGUUUCGCAAAGCAGAAAGUCUACAAUCCUCGUAUUCGUGUUGAAUCUCUCUUAGUCACUGCUAUCAGCAAAGCUUCUGCACAACAACGUGCCGGGAGGGCCGGGCGUACAAGACCUGGAAAAUGUUUUAGAUUGUAUACAGAAAAGGCAUAUACAAAUGAGAUGCAAGAGAACACAUAUCCAGAAAUUCUCCGGUCAAACCUGGGUACUGUUGUCCUCCAGUUGAAAAAACUGGGAAUUGAUGAUUUGGUGCAUUUUGACUUUAUGGAUCCUCCCGGUGGGUAUUAAGUGUGAAUUCAUGUUUUGGAACUGCUGAUGCUUUUGAAUUUAUCUAACUUGUUUCUAUUUGCCUAAUAUUUGUGCCGUUUCUUGUAGAAACAAUUCUUUGAUUGUGUGGGCUCAAUUUACCCAUCUUUAUGCCAUUUUUAUAUUAAUACCGUCCCAACAUUCGAUACUAAAAAGAUAAAACUUUUCAUGUUAUACACUAAACUAAUUAUUUUUCUUUAGUACUACGUGCCUACAAUUCCCAUGCUUAGUUAAUCUUUUCUAAGUCCAUACCAAACUUUUAAAGUAAUUGUUUCCAAGUCAUGUUGAUGAAUUAUCCAACAGUCUGAUGACGGUCUAUAUUUUGCGCUUAGGUUAGCUAAUAUUUUAGCAACAAUCUGGGAGUUGGAUGUAAUCACGUCCGCCUGAUUGCAAUCACUGACCGUCCCAAUAUAUAAGAAAGGAUCAAAAUCAUCCUGUGAUAACUAUAGAGGGAUUAAUUUGACUAAUAUAGUAUUUAAAAUACUGGCCUCAAUAAUUGUCGGACUCUUAAUAAGGGCUCUUGAACUUCAAACACGAGAAAAUCAGGUUGGUUUCAGACAUGGUCGUGGCUGCAUCGACUACAUAUUCAUCAUUCGUCAGGUUCUGGAACACAGAAGUGUUUAUCGCCACCCGACUAUGAUAGUUUUUAUUGACCUAAAAGCAGUAUUGUACUCUGUAGACCGAGAGGUUCUGUGGCAGUGUCUGUCAUUGAAAGGCGUAUCUGAGAAGUACCUAAAUCUUGUGAAGGCUCUUUACUCGAACACUACCAGUAGAGUUAGAGCUUAUGGCGAACUGUCAACUGCUUUUGCAACGUCAAGUGGUGUCCGUCAAGGCUGUCCACUUUCUCCAUUUCUGUUUAAUUUCAUUAUAAACCUACUGUUGGAAAUAAAAUUCUCUUCGACUGAAUUUUAAAGAAUUGAUCUCCUUCCAGGAGGUCUACCUGUCAACUUAGAAUACGCAGAUAACAUAAUCCUGUUUGGUGAAGAUGCUGAUAAAAUGCAAUGUUUCGGUAGCACCGAGCAACAAUGCCAGGAUGCUUGGAAUGCGCUUCUCUCCCUCUAAAUGCAAGUUGUUGCUUCAGGACUGGUCUGCGUCAACACCUGAACUAAGUAUAGGGAGUGAAGUGGUCGAACGCAUAUAGGAUACUCGUAAGUUACUAGUAUUUGAUCAAAGAUAUCUUAUAAAUAUUUCUCGCAUCUGCUGGGAUCACCGGGUAAGUAAUAAUGGAGUUUGACGCAUGGUAUUAGGGAAUGAUGGUAAAUCAGUUCAUGAGGUUGUAAAUCUUCAUCGACUGAGAUGGUUGUGUCACGUGUUACGUAUGACUAAAAACCGAUUACCAUAAUGCUGACUCGUGUUGGCGACGGUUGGAAGAAAGUUAGCGUUACAACUUGUGACCGCCGAUUAGAGAGCAGUGACUUAUCGAUCGGAACAAUGACGCGUACGAGCAGCCUAGAGUUCUGAUUGGUCCUGCUUUCCGCCUAGCCCAGCCAGUUAAGUCCAGAACAUAAGUCUCAGCCUCUGCGAUAUGAAUCAUUUAUUUCAAACAUACCCGGUUUAUAUUUCAACCAGAGAGACCACAACGUACCAUUAAAUAGAAAAUAACAUUUGUACAAUAUUUGGCCAGCAGGAAAAUGACACGUGAAAUAAAUAUUGAUCAGUAAGGAAACGACACGUGAAAUAAAAAUUGACCAAUAGGAAAAUGAUGUAAUUUCAAGUCCAAGGAUAGCAUUGGAAUUAACAGGAUAAUUUUUGGGAUAUUUUUCUGAAUAUCCCAACAGUUAGGGGCGACCAAACCAAAACGUGGCAUCAGUGCUUUAAGUUACCAACUUCUACUCUUAACCAUGUUUUAGAUGCAGACUACCUGGUUGGGGUCCGCACGACUCUUGUAACCAAUGGUUGGAGACUCUGGGUGACAUAGCUCAGAAUCGAUCACACUGGUGUAGGUGUAUUCACACUUUGUCUUCCCUUAAACUAUGAGAAUAAAAUUGCUCUUUACCUUUAUUUCUACGAACUAAUUCUUUCUUCGUCUAUUAUAUGCUUAUACGCAAUCUUUUAUAUAUUACUACCAUUGAAGUAACUACUUCAAUGAAUUUGAUGUUCAUCUUGUGCUAAUGAGGUAUGGCAACUUGGACUGAUGCAUAUAUGUACUUGGUCAGUCAGUCGGUAACAACGUAGAACUUCGUACGUACGUACAUCAGUUCGAGUUGCCGCACCACAUUAGCACAGAGAUGCAGUGGUCGAUUCAAAUCCCGUAGUGUUACAGGUAGUAAGAGUAUAAGCAGUAAUCGGAAACAUUAGUGUUUGGAGAUGUUAUUUAGAGAGUAUAAAACAGUGAAAUAAAUCUGGAAAGAAAAUAAAGGACAUGACGAAUUCAGAAGAUUAAAAUUUGGGAGAACACAAAGAGUGGAUGCACCUGCACCAUUGCAAACGAUUUUGAGCCAUGUCAUUCAGAGUCUCUAACCAUCGGUUGCCAUCAUCUCGCGGUCCCCAACAAGGUAGUCUACACCUAUCAAUAUGACUCAGUUUACUUGUCAGUGACUUUAUGGAUUUGUGCCAUGUUUUGGUCUGGCCGCCCCUAACUUUCUUCCAACCUACUCCCACAUCAUAAAACAUCGCACGUCGAGGCAGCCGGUGGUUGGGCAUACGUAACACGUGUCACAGCCAUCUCAAAUGAUCAAGUUUCACCACGUCAUCAAUCGAUUUGCCAUCCUUACCUAGUACCCGUUUCCUAACAACUCCGUUACUUACUCAAUCGUCCCACGAUAUACGAGCAAUGUUUCGAAGACACCUAUGAUCGAAUGCUAGUAACCUACGAAUAUCCUCUACUCUUACCGGCCACGUUUCACUGCCAUAAAGUAGGACGGAACGAACUGCUGCGCAGUAAACACAUCCUUUGGUUGAUAGACGGAUAUCUCGCCUACGCCAUAAAUGACGCAAGUUGGCAAAAGCUAGUCGAGCCUUCUGUAUCCGUGCUGAGAUUUCGUCACACCAGACCACAAAGGCUGAUCAGACUUCCAAGAUAAGUGAAGCGGUCGACACGCUCAACUACUUCACUCCCUAUCAUUAGUUCGGGUGUCGAUGCAACGCAAUCCUGAAGCAACAUUUUGCAUUCCCAGGGGGAGAAUCGCAUCCCGAACAUACUUGCAUUGUUGCUUUAAGUGGUCAGAAGACUCUGCAUUUUGUCAGCGUCUUCACCAAAUAAAACUACGUCAUCGGCAUAUUCUAGAUCAAAAAGUAAAUCUCCUGGUAGAAGUUCAACCCCUGGAAAUUCAGAUGAGGAAAUUGUCAUCUCUAAAAGCACGUCAAUGACAAAGUUGAACAAGAAUGGGGAGAGUGGACAGCCCUGACAAACACCACUUGAGGUAAUCGAUUCUGAUGACAGUUCGCCAUAAGCUCUCACUCAACCAGUUGUGUUCGAGUAGAGAGCCUUUAGAAGGUUAAUGUACUUCUUUGGUACUCCUAUCAGUGACAAACACUGCCAUAGAACCUUAUGAUCAACAGAGUUAAAUGCUGCCUUAAGGUCGAGAAAUACUACGAUUGUGGGGCGUCUGAAUUUGUGUCUGUUCUAGAACCUGACGUAGUGUGAAUAUCUGAUCUAUACAACCACGUCCAGGUCGAAAACCAGCCUGAUUUUCUCUAGUCUGUUCUUCACGAGCUUUAGUUAGGCGUCGAAGUAUUAUUGAAGCUAAUAUUUUAGACACUAUAUUAGUCAAACUGACUCCUCUGUGAUUGUCACAAGAGGACUUUUGUCCUUUCUUAUAGACUGGCACAAUCAGUGAUUGAGACCAGUCAGAUGGGAUUACGUCCAGUUCCCAAAUUCUACCUAAGACCUCAGUUAAUCUCACUGCUAAUACUGGGCCACCAUCCUUAAAAAUCUCAGGAGUAAACAUGUCAGGACCUGCUGCUCUCCCUCGCUUCAGAUUUUUUAUGGCUUUUUCAACUUCGUAAAGAGACGGAGGACCUACAUUAACUUGACUGGAGAUCGUGGGGAAUUGAAGUGUGGAUGAAGGCCAGUUGAGCUGACCCCUAAAGUGUUCUGCCCAUCGAUCCAAUCUCCUGGAUUGAGAAUGAAUAAUAUGUUCAUCUUUCUCUGAGAUUGUUUCGCUAACAGUCGGGUUACUAAUACCGGUUUCCUUAACGAGUCUGAACAAUUGUCUGCUAUUACCUAUUGCCGCUGCCUUUUCCAUCUCUCUUGCUUUCGCUACCCACCACUGUUCACGAUCAUUGCGUAGGCUUCUUGUCAGCUUGGGCUUAAGCUGACUCCGCUCUUCGUCAUGCUCAGAUCCAGACGGAAUGAGUUUCCGAGCAUCUAUCAGUGCGAUAGAUGCUGCUGAGAUCCAGUGUUGCUCCCUAACCUUGUGGUUUACCUUACUAGCAGAUAUCACUGCUGUUUCGACAGUUUUUUGGAUAUCAUUUCAUGCUGCCUCGGGGUGGGUAUCACCUAUAUGGUUGCCUAACUUUUUCUAGUUUUUCCUCAAACAUACUCUUAGUUUGACUAUCACUAAACAGGACCCUAAGAAGUUUCCUUGCAGCGUCUUACGUCCAGUAAGACCCAGGCAAAUACGCGCUCGUACUAGAGCAUGAUCUGAAUCUAAGCAUGUGCUCUAGAAUGAGCGACAGUCUUCUAUCGAGCCCCUCCAGCGUUGGGACGAAUUAGGGGGUCGCCAUGUUAAAAGAUGUUUUUCCUUAUGCUUAAAGUAAGUAUUUGCAAGGAACAGACGGUUACCUGAGCAUAGUUGUAACAGACGGUCGCCAUUAUCUGUUCUUUGAGCCACGACACCAUAAGAUCCACCUACGUGUCUUUCCCUUUCGCUUAGUUUACCUACUUGAGCAUUAAAGUCACCAGCCACUAUUACUACAUCAGAGCGCCUAGCUUUUCUGAGAAGGCCGGAAGGCUUUCUGUAAAACUCAUCAUUUACAUCAUCUGAGCUGCAGUCAGUGGGAAAAUAGGCAGAGGCGACGACGAGUGUCCCUAUCUUUUCGAGUCCUUAUUGUUCCGUUUAGUCGGACAGCGUACAAACGACUGUCUACUGGGAUCCAGUCUAAGAUAGCUAGUUCUGCCCUAGGACUCAAUGCUAUACCUACACCAGCUAGGCCACGGGAAGCAGCAUCAGGACAUCCAGAUACACGAAGCGUAAGUCGAGUUGGUUCGUUACUUUGACAUGGUGAGGUCAAAUGAAUGACACUACUCGGCUCCUGUAUGCGCGUUUCGGAGACGCAGCACACACCAAUGGCGCGAGAUUCUAAAGUCCUAGCUGAGGAAGCCUGUUGUCCUAUUUGGCAGUGUUCGGACGUUGAAAGCUCCUACGUGUAGUUUAGAGCGUGGUUUCAGGAGAUCAGGAAUAACGUUCCGCGUACUCGAAUAGUUUACCCUAGCGGUGCGAGGUGAUAAAGGAACGUGAGAAGAGUUAGUCGUGGAGAUAAGAGAUUUAUUUAGAGGUGUAAGAGGGAUUUGAGUGUGACCGACUUGGCCUCGUGUGCUGUUAAGGGUAUGAGGGGUGAUAUCACUUCCCGACUGCCCACACCGUGGAAGGGUAUUUCUUGAGCAACCUGAAAAGGAAUUUGGAUUAUUGUUGGUCUUAACGAGCUUAGAGCGUGACUGCAGACCUCGAGGGACAACUGAUUGAGGCUGGUCAUGCACGGUCUUUUCGUGGGAGCUUUUUAGUGUGUUAGCUCCGUUCUUCAAAGGGCCUUACCGCCGGAGACGGAAAUCCGUGAGGUAAGGUGAGGUGUGGCAUUUUUAGGGUCAACCUUUUCUAACCCCUUCCUCACUUGUGAGAAGGCAGCAUCGCUGCAGAUUCUGGUUGUCCGGGGGAAACACCUUACUACUGUCACACCCCUCUACAGUCAGCAGUACGACUUCGCCCUCAGACCUUGAGUUGCUGCUUUUAGUCUUACCGUUCUACAAUCGACCUGCCUGGCAUAGUAGAGCCUACAAGAACAUAUGUUCUAGCCAAUAUAGCUCGGUUGGGUCAUCACGAUAUGCAACCCCGACCACCGCGUCAAGGUAGCAGCUAUGGUCGGGAUGUACUCGGUCAUACGUUGUAGAUGAUUGGCUGACCGAGUCUGACACAUACCCGAUGUCAAUGUAAUGGAAUGAUGUGCCAUUUUUCAUUUCUAUCUUUCAAAACCAUGUUAUGAAUAACUAAUAUUUUGUUUGGGUCCAUAUUAGUGGAAAUUAGCAUGCACUGCUGUUUUUUAUGUAUAAGCUGCUCAGGACAUUCAUUCAUAUUGGCGUUUGAACUACACCUUAAUGAAUCCGUAUGAAUUUCAUUUUUGAAGUUUCUUAAGUCAAAUAGAAAUAUAGUCGGUAAAUAUUUUUGGUAAAUGUUUUGUCUCAAAAUUUCGGUAAAAUGAAUCAAUUUUAGUAAUUAGUGAAGGAUUGCGAGUGUAAUUAAAGUGGGGAUAAAAGUUGUGACUUGUACAUCAUUCGACCAUUUAAAAUGUCACUUAUUAACACUACCCUAAAUGAACCUUCGGACUCUGAUUUCUGCAAAUAUUCGUUUCAUUAAUCUAUUUUUAGUAACACUUCUCAGUCUAGUAUUGUAAUAUACGUAGUCUUAAAUUCUGCAUAUUUUACGAUACCUAAAAGGUAGAUUUUGCAGUACUAAGGUUUACCAUUUCAAAAUCUUCGGUUUUAUCCGCGUUAUAGGAGUUCGCUAAUGAAAUUGCUCUUUUCACUUAGUAUUUAGAAGCUUCAGUAUGAAUAACAGUUGUGAAACAGAAAGACUCAGCUUUUUUCUCUCACUAAUUUGAUCAUCAUUUCACCAAAAUUUUACGAUACCAGUUUUCUUAUCAUGAGUUUUUGUUGAAUGUAAUAGCUCCGGAAACUCUGAUGCGUGCUCUAGAGUUAUUGAAUUAUUUGGCAGCCCUUGAUGAUGAUGGUAACCUAACCGAUCUAGGAAGUAUGAUGGCUGAGUUCCCACUUGAUCCCCAAUUAGCCAAAAUGGUUAUCGCCUCUUGCGAUUACAACUGCUCAAAUGAAAUCCUGAGUAUCACUUCAAUGUUAUCAGGCAAGUUCAAUUGUUUCUUUGUUUCAUUAUUUCUAGCUAAUAUAUGAUAGAUCUUUUCAUUAAUUUGACCGAUUCCUCGUCUGAUAAUGUCUAUAAUAUAUGGAACUGUUCCUAUUUAUUUCAGUACCCCAAUGCUUCGUACGCCCUGCCGACUCCAAGAAAACUGCAGACGAAGCCAAAAUGCGUUUUGCUCACAUUGAUGGUGACCAUUUGACUAUGUUAAAUGUAUAUCAUGCCUUCAAACAGAGUAAGCCAAAAGACCAUUUCUUGAAACUGAUUUUCCAUUUCAUCCAGAAAAACAAUUUCCAUUUGCCCAAACCCGAUUUCCGAGAAUUAAUAUCCCAAUUUAUAUUUGAAAAUGUGGCGAGACUAUAAUUUAUGGGCGAACCAAUCACGUAUAAGAUAACAGGUCUCGGAUUUCGGCUCGGAAUUCAUUUGGCUAAAUAGAGUUUAGGCAUAGCUGAUGUUAGUUCGUGAUGAAAAUCCUAAAUCUAGUUCCUAACCUUAAUCAUCAACUGUAUAUCAUAAUUCUAAUUCCUCAUACAUUUUUAUAACUCUCAUUUGGUAUUGGUUAUUAGGUGGACACUCACGGUCAGUCUAGCGUCUCUCAAAGGUCGUCCAUAAAUUAUAGUCUCACCAAAAAUGUAACUGCAAUGUUAUUUUAUGACCCUUGCUAAGUUGGUGGGCUUCAUCGAAGAUAUUAGGUAAUGAGAAAAAUAAAUUCCGAGCUUAUCUGAUGUGUAAUGACAUUAUUUCUUAUGCAUAUAUAUUACCUAUGUUUAUUUUGAUUGAUAGUUUCACAUCUCCAGUUGAUUUACAAACUUAUCCAAGUUAACAUUAUGUAUUAGUCAUUUUGACACUAAUAAUUUCAUAUUACUAAUAAUCAGUAGAUUAUAUGCUAUAAGAUAUCGAUCUCCUCAAACAAACACGCCAAAAGAGGUGCAGACUAUCAGACCAAACCAGUCAACAAAAAUGGGGACACUGGCCAAUAUGCUUCCCCGAAUCCAACAGUCCUUGUCAUGGAAUCAUUGGCAUUCUAUGUCUUGCGGGCUAGGAAUGAGACAAUUUAAGUCCUGGCGAGAGGUCUCAUCCUACAUUGUGCUGUGAUUCCCAUCACACAGCGUUCUUACGAUCGAUCGUCUUAGCGGACGUUUAUGGGCCUAUGUCGUGACAGUACCAGUACCAAACUAAACAUACCGUCUGUCGAAUCACUUACUUUCAUGAGUCUAACGGUCGAAGUCCCUACUACGUGUUAAGGUCUUGAAACUUCAAUAAGUAUCUAGUGAAGACACUAGUUCGAUCAUAGGUGUCUUCUAAGCAUGGUUCGUGUAUUUUGGGAUUACCGAGUAAGCAAUGCCGGGAUUAGGGAUAAAGUACUAGGUAAAGAUGGUAAAUCUUUGAUAAUUUAACAAAUCUUCAUUGACUGAGGUGGUUGGGAACAUGUGUUAUGUAUCCCCAACCACUGUCUUUCUCGACGAGCGAUGUUAUCUGGUGUUGAUUGGAAAAUAUUGGGGCGGCCAAACGAAAACAUGGGAUCAGUUAUUAUGGUCAAAGACUAGGUGACCUGCCUCAAAUGGUUUGCUCAACUGCAUCCACUCUUUGUCUUCUUUUAGAUCCUAAUUUUCUAAAUUCCUCAUAAAUUAUUUUCAAUUACUCCAAUUUAUAUUUUCUCAAAUUGCGUCUUGGUUACUUAAUCUUUUGUAUUACCACAUAAUCUUACUACCUUUGUUACUCUGGGAAUCGCCCUGUUCGGCGUUGCGUAUGGCUGAUUGACUGUGUAACUAACUACAUAGAGGACCUGGGGCGCCGUCCUUAAUCGACCACGUCAAGUCUACAUAGACUGAAAUGUGGAGAAAUUUAGAGUGAUUAUCUGUAGAUGUACAGGAAUCCACCAUCGUCUCUAUAUACUGCUAAGAAAUAGGAAUUUGGUUUAACAUACAGAAGAGUUGGAAGCAAUUAACACUCCCACUAUUCCGUUGAUGGAUGUCCAAUACAUUAACCGACCAAUUUCUGCUCACCAACAGUAUGAUUAUGAUAAAGCUAGGGGCCUGGUGCAACCUCUCAAUGUGAACGCACCUUCCCGAAUUGACUGUCACUACUGUUAACGUUUCGGUAGAUUUGCAAAGUCUCGUGGUUAUAGUUCAAGUAAAUCAGUUUUCCCACGCUUGUCUAUUACUUGACUUGAUAUUCUCCAGCAUCAGAAGUCCCCUCAAAUAAAGGAAAUAUUGGGAUCACCAAAUAUGCCAGUGGAUACGAGGUCUGUAUGGUCCAUGGCUCACGUUUCUUGUCUUAAUGAUAACAAAAUCAACAGGCAAUCACAAAUUUACCUAAACGCUAUGAUAGUAACAAUGUUCCCGUUUCUGCUAACCGGUGUAGUUUAGCGAUAGUUGUGACCUAUGCAUUGCCCGCUGAGCAUUUUUUAAACUUUGUUCACCAGGUUCUCUGUUAUCCACAUGAUUGUUGUCAUUUCAUAUGGUUUUCCUCCAUAAACUUUUACAGCUAUGUGAAGUAAAAUAUCGAACCACUUAUAGGACAUCCUUUAAGGCACAUCAUCCCCACAAAUUAUCAUAACGUAGAGAGUUAAAUCAAACACUACCUGUUAUGACCUUGAUGUCUGGCCUUUCUACCACGCGAAUUAUCCACCAAUCAGAAUACGACUUAUACAAAUCCUCACUCUAUACCAACCAAUGACGUUCAACCGGUGUGAGCAGUCUAGCGCCUUGUUGGUCCGAGGUCUUUCUAGCCCGUCUGCUUGAGUCCAAAAAAACAAUACCAGCUUCCGCAAUAUCAAUUAUGUAUUUCAAACAUACUCUGUUUAUAUACCAAUCAGACAGACCACAACGUACCAUAAAAUAGAAAAUAACAUAUGUACACAAAUAAGCCGAAAAGUGGCUGUGAACGCGAGAGAUAAUAAUUAAUAGACUGAACAUAGAUUAAGAACCGUAAAUCGUAUAGUAAUAAAUCAUAGGUCAAAAUAGAGCUUAUAAUAAGGGGAAUAUAAAUACACACAAUGUAAUUUUUGAAUAAUUAUACAAUAAGAAUAUUUAUAGAAUAUUAGUCUAUUGACAGUCCUCGGAAGUUACCUGUAACUAUACUUCACUGGGUUAUAACACUACCCGUUUUGGAAUAAGUGCUUUCUAAAUGAGAAAAGUAAGACACUGACAGUUUCAUGAUAAAUAGCUGAAAAGUCAUAGCUGUUAAUCUAUUGAUGUAGUUACAAGUAAUCUGUAGUGUUUUUCGACUACAUGUGGUACUGAACUAGGUACCAUUGUGAAUUUUUCGAGCCGGUGACUGAGUAAUUUCAGAUCAAUGUGAUACAAACUCAUAGUUUCACUCCAGAUAAGAUUAAAUCUCUUUCCGUAGGUUUUCUAUUUAGUUUGUCGCUUGAGAGCACUACAUGAUACUAGUAAUAUAGUUCCGAAAAUGUGUUUAUUGUAAGAAUUCAUUUUUAGUUUGGAUUUAUUUUUCUAACACAAAUCAACUUGUUUUUUACAUUCAUAGAUCAUGAAGAUCCACAGUGGUGUUAUGAUAAUUUCAUAAAUUUCCGCUCAUUAAAAUCUGCUGACAACGUUCGGGUACAAUUAUCACGUAUUAUGGAUCGAUUUUCUCUUCGUCGUUCAAGUACAGACUUCACUUCUCGAGAUUAUUACAUUAACAUUCGAAAAGCUUUGGUAUCUGGCUUUUUCAUGCAGGUUGCGCAUCUUGAACGUACUGGACAUUAUUUAACUGUAAAAGACAACCAAGUGGUCCAGCUUCACCCCUCUACAGUAAUGGAUCACAAACCGGAAUGGGUGUUGUACAAUGAGUUCGUCCUUACAACAAAGAAUUACAUACGUACAGUGACUGAAGUAAAACCAGAUUGGUAAGAUUUCUAUAGUUUUCAUAUUCAGUUAACUUUUGUAAAACUCAGUGAAAUGCAAAUAAUUCUUAGUCCACAAAGUGUAUAUUUUAAAUAUCAUACUAACCUGUAUGCUCAUACACAACUAGUGAAAAUUCUUCUGAUUACCAUCCAUGCACACAUAGCGCUCAACUUAAUACAUCAUUACUUUGUUAGUUAAAACUGUAUUUCAGUUAUACUUUUAUCGGUUUUUUACGUGCAUAUAUAUUUUUUUCAGUAAAAUCUGUGAAAUGAAUAGAUGAGAAAUUACCUUAUUAUGGUCAAAGGUGAUUUUUUAAUGAACUUUAUUUUUUGAAUGUAAAUUCAUUCAUAAGUAUACCAUUGCACAUUGGUUUUGUUUGUUUCAGCAUUUGAAUAGAAACAUAUGAGUUUAUUUUAAAAUACUUAAAUGUGCACUAAGAUAUUCUACAGAAAUGUUGAAUCGAAUUAGUCACCAAGAAUUCUGUCAAUAUAGAAAUAAAUUCCAUUUUGAUUGUUAAUUUAAGGCGUAGCUAUAAGGAGUGAAUAGUAUGUAGUUUCAGUUAUAAUUGCAAUUAUCCAAUUGAUUCCAAAAAAUCACAACUGAUUGAUCACUGGGUAGUGAUCAAUGUCGUGUGUGUUAUGUCCUCCUUAGUCCACAUGAAAUUCUAUCGAUCAAGUUGCAAUGUGGCCACUAAUCUAGGUGACUUGACAUUGUGUGCACUAUAUGUCGAGAUAAGAUGAUGACUGGAGGUUGUUAACAGGAAACCCUGAACCUGAAUUUCGUGCUAUUCGGCACCUGUCAGCCAGGUGUACCUGUAAUCUUGAGGGGACUGAUGCUCCCUGACGAAUUCGGUGUUUGUCACCCAGCUUCACAGUCAGAGGCGUUACCAUUGGGAUAUCCGGCCCGCGACUAACCUCUUGUAGGACUGAGAUGUACUCACAAUUGGUUGAUCGCUGGGUGGUGAUUAAUAUCAAUAUGUGUCAGGUCCUUCUUAUUGCAGAUUGAAUCCUGUCGACCAAGUUGCAAUGUGACCACUAAUCUAGUUGGCUCGAUAAUGCGUGUUGAGUACUUUAAAAAAAUAAUAAAACUUUCUACUAUCUCUUAUUCCCUAAUAUUAUCUCACAAACUACUUACUGUAUUGCCAGUACUUACCUUAUUUCAUGUUCUCUCCCCACGUAGGCUUGUGCGUAUCGCUCCUCAAUAUUAUGAUAUGUCUAAUUUCCCUGAUUGUGAUGCUCGACGGAUACUCGAACGAAUUGUUCACAGGAUUCAAAAUCGUAAACUUCAACAAGAUCAAAAGCAAAGCCAAGAGCCGAAAUUACAAGCGCAAACUUGAUCCAUGUUCACACAUUCAGAUAUCACCACUACUCUUGAUUUAUAAGAUGUGAAGUAGUCUUGAUAACCAUCUUUGUAUUUUUAUUGACUUCCUCUGAAUUACCCACAUUCAAUGAAAGAGGUCACUCCGCAUUUCAAGUGCUGUUGUGUAUAUUUUAUCAAGGCAACAAUAAAUAAUAUCCAGUUCAUUUAUUUCUUGUAAUUUGUUAAUGCAAAUUGAAUGAGGAUGGGUGAUUUAUUGUUUAUAUUAGUACAACAAUUAAGGUCUUAAUUUUCCGUCUAAUAUUGAUUGUUUCCCCAAUUCAGACGUGUAAAUGUAUUAGCUAGAACUCACAGUUUAAGUUUUGUAAUUAAAAGUUAUCAUUGACUGAUAAUUAAGAAUACAAUCACACAAAUUAUCUUUUUUUACUUAUUUGCAAUUACGCGUCACAGAAAGUAAGUCUCGGAAUUACCAGAUCACCUGCUUCGGUUUGGGCACCCGGCAGUAUCAUAGCCCUCACACAUAUCAAAUGAGAUCUGUGUGGCACAUAUGUAUUUGAUGCCCCCUUGUACCAAUAUCUAUGUGUUAAAAUAAAAUAAUUAAUUAAUUACCAGAUCUCAGGCAUGAAUAAGAAACUCGAAAGUGUGUGUUUUUAGCAAUCAAGAAUGUAGCAAUAUUUCAGCAUGUGUGCAGUUAUCAUAAAGUAAUCUACACAGCUUUUCAAUAUUGCUCUACUACCGAAUGAAAAGUGAAUAGAUGAAUCAGUAGUUAACGCUUGACAUAGACGCCUAUUGUCCAUUUUAUGGGUAUAUGUAGAAAUAAUAGUUGUGACAUCUAUCCAAACGUAUUAUUAUGUUGACAUUGUUAAAAUCCUAAUUUGUUGUUAACGUGUUUUAGUUUGUCGUUGUGUCUUCAGGACUCACGAUAUUUGUUAUUACUUCGUAGAUACAUUUAUUUCUUACGCCUGUUACUCCCAGUGAAACAUUGGCCGACGACCGGCAUUCUCCAACUCUGUCCUGAGCCUUCAUUUCUAGUUCUGUCCAACUGUUGUUCAUUCUUCUCAUGUCUCCCCUAUACUGAUUAAAUCCAAAUAGAAUUUCACGAUUUCUUUCAAUAUAUUAUGAGUCAUUUCCCAAUUUCCUCUUCAUCUGGGAGCUGCUUCGUUCUCUACCAAGUAGUUUGGGUUCCAUAUGUUAAUUUUUGAAAUGAGUUGCCAAUUUGUUCGUGCAUAUCUGCAACAAAUCUUUCUUGUUCGCUGAUGAUGCUGUCCGUGUGUGCGAAAGUCUCGAUCUCAUCCAGAGCUUCUUCAAAUGUGAUUGAGUUUCUGCUCUCUGUGUUGUAUUUGACGAUCUUGCUUUAUUUUUUGUGCAUUUUGAAGCCUACUGCUACAGAGGCUGCUAAUGUGCUGGCUGUCUUGCUUCGUAUUUGUCGGUGUUGCAGGCAUAAAAAUGUUACUGAGCCAAAACCAGAUCAUCCGGUUGUCGGGUCACUGAAUACCUAACAGUUCAUUGAUCAUCUCCAAGGCCAAGAAUAACUACAGCGAAUCACGUGCAAUUGAGUUUAUUCUCACUUAACUCAGUUAAGC